AUGUUCGGCGCCUUCCGUCCCACGUCCUUCGUCAACGGCUCCCUCCUCUGGAAGGUCCCGUACCGCCUCUCCUCCACCCGCAAGGCCAACCUCCGCAAGCGUCUCCGCCGCGUCGAUGAUGUGAUUGCUGCCGUCGCCGAGUCUGGUGUCCAGACGCGGAGUCUCGAGCGCGCCCAGGCUCUCCCGACCGAGGCCGAGAUGAAGCCCAAGGACAAGUACACCGUCUUCGACCCCAAGUACCGGGGAUGGAGGAAGGGUAUCCACAAGGUUCCCAAGUGGACCAGGAUUACGAUCCGCGAGAACCCCAAGGGUUUCUAA